AUGAACCCUUCUGAUCAAACUCCCAAUAAACAAAAAAAAACAAAACCCAAUAUGUUUCAAAUUUUCUAGUAUUAAUAUCUGAGUAUCAUAAAAAUUUAAUUUAUUUCUAGAAACCUAACCUUCACAAACCCAAGAAAAAUCAUUUCUUCCUAUCAAUUCAAAUUAUAUUACAACUAAACACAAACUUAAUCAAAUUGUUUAAAACACAUCUUUGAAUAAGAGUAUUAAAGCUUCACAUAAAGUCAAACUUUCGAUAUCAAACUUUUAAGAUGAUGAAGAGAAAAUUGGUAGAAUUAGUGCUACAGUAUAAGAAGCAAGAUCAAUUUUAGAAGAAAAUCAAUAGCCUCAAUUAAAUUAGCCUGAUCGUUAAUAAUAAAUUAUCUAUUUACAAUCAAAAAUAAGAACUUAUUUAGUUAAGAAGAGAUUGGCACCUUUAAAAAAAUCUCAUAAAUAUAAAUAUAGAAAACAAGUAUUGAAUGAAUUGUUUGUUACUGAAGAAAUCUAUUGUUCAGCUCUUAAAACUAUGAUUAAUUGCUAUUUAAAACCUUUAUCUGAAUCUAAAGGCAUUCUUUCAUCAAGUGAAAUAAAAGGACUUUUCUCCAAUAUUUAAUCUAUAUACAUGCUUUCCCAAGAAACUCUUACUAUAUUUAGAGAUUUAUAAAAAGAUUAUCAAUAAGAAUUCUAGAAUGCUAUCAAAUAGUUGCUUUCACAUGCCAAUUUUUUUAAAAUAUAUUAAGACUAUUUAAUAAAUUAUGCUAAUGCUUCAAAAUUAUAGACAAAUUUGAGAGUCAAUAAUAAAUAAUAUAAAUCAUUUUUAGAUUAAGCAGAUAAGAAAAAUCUUGGCAAAAAUUUAGAAAACUAUUAUUUAAUUUUACCAGUUUAAAGAAUUCCAAAAUAUGUACUUUUGUUUAAAGAUUACAUAAAAAAUCUAAAUUAAGAAAGUGUUGACUAUCCUAUAUUCUAAAAGAUUCUCUAAGAAUUUGAAGCUGUUGCUAAUCAAAAUAAUAAAGCUAUGGAUAGUUUAUUAUCAAAAUAAUAAAUUUUUGAAUUGCAAUAAUAAUAUGGAAAACAUGUAAAAAUUUUAGAAUUAAACAGACAAUUUCUUAAAGAAGAAUCACUUUAAAUGUACUUUUCUGUUGAAAGUGAGGUUAGACCUGUAAUUGUGUAUUUUUUCUCUGAUUUAAUUUUAAUAACAGAAAGAGAUCAAAUAAAAUAAGGUUAAGUUUUUAGAACUUUUAUUACCCUUAAUCAUUUAAGUUAAUGUAAUAAAAUGGCAGAAAUGUAUAAUUAUAAGUUUUUAUAUUAAAUUAAUGGAUCAGAUAAUCAUGUUACUUUUGUAGUAUAAAGCUAAGAUUCUGAAAAAGAUUUAAAAGAAUAAAUAGAUUUUGUGAAUGGAAUCAUACAAUAACUUUAAGAGAAGAAAGAUAGAAGAAAUAAAUUGAUUUAAGAAAUUAAACCUGAUUAUGUACCUUAAGAUGAUUAGAGUAAUUAAUAAAAUUUUGUUGUUACUGUAUAAAUUUAGGGAACUCAAGAAUUACUUGAUAAUUCAAAUAAAAAGUAUACAAGAUAUGUCUUUGAAAUUGUAAUUAAUAACAUUAUAACCUAACAAAUUUAUUUAAGAUUUAGUUAGUUUAAAUAAACAUUAGAAUUUGUUAAAGCCAAGUUUCCAAAUAUAAAAAUACCAGAGAUAAAGGAAACAACUUAUUUUGAUAGGAAUGAAGCCCUUGUGGUUGAUGUAACUAAUUUUAUUAUUAAGUUUAGAGAAGAAAGAUUUUAAUGACAGAAUUUUUAUUAUAACUUUUGAAUUCAAAAGAUUUUAAAGCAGAAAAUCAGUAUCAAAAAUAAAUUCUUAACCAAUUAGGAUUGCAUGAAAACUUUUAUAGUUUAUUAAGAAAAUUAAAGGAAGAAAAAGAACGAGAGUCUUAAAAUUUAUCAAUAUUGAGUUUAAGAGGAAAUAAAAAACCUUUAACUACUUUGAUUGAAAAUAAUUUUAAAUAAUAAGGUUUUAGAAAUUUUUAAUAAUCAAAUAUUAAUACUAUAUAAACAUAAGUGAGUACUCCUAGAGGACCAAUUAAACCUAUGGGUGAUUUACUUAAAUAAAUAUAAUAAACUGCUACUAAGAAUGGAGAAUAAUAAUAAUCAUAAUAAUAAUAAUAAUAAUAAUAAUAAUCAGAAACCCAAGAUCAAUAAUCAGAAUAAAAAUAAAAUGUUAAAGGUUUGAGAGCUUCUAGUAUGAUAAAUAGUAGGAAAGUAUCUGCUUCAUAAUUACUUGCUGCUGAUACUAGAUGUAAUUCUAGAUAAGGAUCUAUGAUAGCUCCAUAAGAUGGAAAUCUAUAAUUAGUAAAAAUUAAAGUUUAAAUAUUUCUAAAUUUUAAACCUUUUGAAUAUGAAUACUAAAUUUGUAGAGAAACUGAUGCUGAAUAACUUAGAGAUGAAGUGGCAUUAGAUAUUUAACUUUAAUAUUCAUAUGAUUUUAAACUAUUCUUAAUUGAUGAUUCAAUUAUUAAACCAUUAGAUAAAGAUGAAAAAUUGUGGAAUUUAUUAAUCAAAACAGAUGAAACUAAAGGUUUAUUCAAAAAGGCAUAAAAUUAACCUUAAUACAAUUAAAAAUUAUUAUAAUUGAGAAAGUACUUAUAUGUGAAUUGUGAGGAAGAAACAGAAUUUUGUAAAUGUGAUCUAGUUAGAUUAUCAUUAGUAAGUUAUUAACUAUUUGAUGAUAUCACAAAUUAAAGAUUAAUAUUAGAAUCUAAAAAUCAUGUUAUUUGUGCAGCAUUAUAUUUAAUACUAAAUAAAUUUAAAAAGAUAGAUAGGAACAACAUUCCAUUCAACGAUAUUAAAAAAGUAUUUAUUAAUUUUAUUUAUUCUCUUAGUUAAUUCCAUCUUAAAUUUUUAAGUAUAUUCAAUAAGAAACUUGGCUUAACUUCUUACCUACUAUAUUUGAUAAUUUCUAUACAUUGAUCACAAAUGAAUAUGCAGAAGAUUAAAAAAAAGAAAAAGAUUAGAAUUUUAAGUUUUAAUAAUAAAAUGCUAAAUCCACAGUUAAUAAUGAUUAGAAUAAUUAAAUUACAGAAUCAGACAAUUCAGAAAAUGCCAUCACUCUUAAGACUGAAGCUCAUUAUGCUAUGUUAAUCUUUUUGGAUAUUUUAAAAUCAACUAAAUUUUUUGGUGUUACUAAUUUUAAAGUAUAAAGUGAUAAGGAAACUUUAAUGUAUUUGUUUGAAUUAAGUAAACACUAUUGGUAAGAAAAGAAAAAAUAAAAUAAACUUUCUUCAUCAUAUGCUAUUGAAGAUUGUCGUACAUGGACAUCAUUUUAUUUGUGUAUAAAUUAUAAGUGUAUUAUAUUUCUAAAAUAACUGAAUUCCUAACUAGAAAUCUUAGAACUUGAUUAUGAAGAAAUAGAUUAAAUUAGUUCAUUACAAAAAAAUUUGGGAAUUUACAUUUUCAAUCCAUAGACAAAUAAUUUUGGGAUUCAAAUUAAUAAGAGAAUUUGUUUGAAUUUUGAAACAGAAAAGAGUUAUUAGAUUAAAUAAUUAAUAUAGACAUAUGACUAGAUGCAAAUGGAAAACCGUUAAGCAUUAGAGCUUUAAUGUGAUGAAGAGUAAAAUUUUAAUGAGUUUUAAUGA